GAGUCGCGCGACUCCUUGCCAUAGACGCUGACGUCUCAUCAGGCUACCCGCUUCGGCCUCGCUUUCUCCGCCCUCCCCGCCCAUUGGUGCAAGAGAGCGGCCGCGCGUGUCACCUGAAGCGGGCACGCCCACCACCUACCUGCUCGCUUCACGUCGGAGGGGUUAGAGGCUGACCUGGGCGGCUUCUGACGAGGAAGAGGAAUAAAGACGGAGCGGCGGUGUUGGGCGAGGACCCGGGAAAAGAAGACACCUGAGCGAGGAAGGGGAGUGCAGGGCGGGGGGCAUCCGUCAGGUGGAAGGCUGUAGCCGGUUUCCCAGGAUACAACAGGGUGUUGCCUCCCACUAGCCCUUUGUCCAGCCUCUUGCGUACAACUAUGGAUGUUGUCCUGACGUAUGCAGAUGACUCUGUUUUGACGCCAUAUAUUUAUCCAGCAACAUGGCCAGAAGAUGAACCUUUUCGACAGAUUAUUAGCCUCUUUAUCAUAACAAACCUUGGUGGCCUUGUCAUUUAUUUUCUGUUUGGCAGUCUCAGCUACUACUUCAUAUUUGAGCACUCACUAAAGAAACAUCCCCAGUUUUUAGAGAAUCAGGUGCAGCGUGAGAUCAAAUUCACGGUCAAAUCAUUGCCAUGGAUCAGUGUCCCCACUGUUGCCAUCUUCUUUGCUGAAGUCAGAGGCUACAGCAAGCUCUAUGAUAGCAUUGAAGACUCUCCUUAUGGUUGGUUUGGUGUUAUCCUCAGCAUGCUGUCUUUUCUCUUCUUCACUGAUAUGUGUAUCUACUGGAUUCAUCGAUUUCUCCAUCAUAAACUUUUAUAUAAGCGUUUGCACAAGCCCCAUCACUUAUGGAAGAUUCCAACUCCCUUUGCCAGCCAUGCUUUUCACCCGGUGGAUGGCUUCCUUCAAAGUAUCCCUUAUCACAUCUACCCAUUCCUUUUUCCUCUGCACAAGCUGACCUAUUUGGGCCUUUACAUCUUUGUCAAUGUCUGGACAAUCUCCAUUCAUGAUGGAGACUAUCGUGUUCCUCGUGCAUUGAAGGAGAUUAUCAAUGGUUCUGCCCACCACACCGAUCACCACUUGUACUUUGAUUACAACUACGGCCAGUAUUUCACACUGUGGGAUAGAAUUGGGGGGUCAUAUAAAAACCCUACCUCUUUUGAAGGGAAAGGGCCCCAUGAUUAUUUGAAAAAAGUCAAAGAAAGCAAAUUAAGCAGUUUUAGAAAUGGUUGUGGAGAUGAAAGAGUGCUAGAAGGGGACAGUUUUAAAAAUGAAUAGGCCCCUUCUUAUCCAAAGAUAGGAAGGCCCUAUAUGUAUUCUUCUUAAAGAACUGCAUAGAAAUAGAACUUCCCUAUCUUAUUGUGCACCACUUGGGAGCCAGGCACUGUAGACAUCACUGAGGGAUCUUGGUGAUAAAAUUGUCUAAUUGGGAACCAAGAUGUUCUGUAAUGAAGGCUAUGCUUGGUGGGACACAAAGAAAUAAGACCCAGCUGCAGAGCAACAGCUUUGAUGGUGAGAAACUAAUGGAGAAAGUGUUUGUAGCUGUUGAUGCUACUGACAACACAUUAAUUUGUGGACAUUCCCCUUUUUUUGCAUGAUGUUUAGGAGAUGAAACCCAACAGAAAUUCUGUUGCCUUGGAGUGAGAUUAGAAGCCAUUUGCUUCUUUGUGUUGAUUCUGAGUCUUGCAUCCAUACUUUGCAGUAGUUCAGUUGUAAUUCUAGUAACUUGUUACAAGUUGAUGUGUGCAGUUAAUAGACUUUACAACUGCCUUUAUGACUGCAUGUACUAGGAUGAAAAUGUGGAGACCCCUAAAUUUAUACUGUCUUUGUCUUGAAGGAUGAAUAUCAAACAUGCAGUAUUUAUGUCACUUGCUAAUAGAUGGUGCCAUUUUUCCAAAUGCACCAAUUUAUCAAGGCAAUAAGAUUAAAGGGAUAGUUUUGCAUAAAGCAUAACAUGUCCAGAUUGCUAUAUAAGCUAUUGUCAAAAGAAGCUCCUUAACUUUAAAAUAGAUAUAUGUCCUCUUAAUUGAACAACAAGGUGAUUGUUGGUGCCUGGUUUCUUUUGUGGAAUAGACACUUGUUUGGUAUUUUAAUAUUCCUUUGCCAGAAGCAUCACAAUGCAGAUGCAUAAAAUAAAGCAUAGGGACUUGAUGUAUUUUCAGGAUGGCUUUGUCCUUUCAAAAAUACUUUGGGUGACAUUUUAUAGGGAUUCACAAUGAAGAGUUUAAUAAUGCCUUUCCACAUGAUGUGUGUUGUGUCUUGCAAGCAGAUGAAUGUAAUUUAGCUACAGACAAAAAUGAUCAGAGAUGCUCAGUGUUGUAAAGCACUCUUUGCAGUUCUCUGGGAGAGGAGCCAUUCAGGAGUGAUUUGGUCAGGUGGGGAAAAAACCUCUUGGAGUUUUUUUUAAUUAAUGUGUGGAGUUAGCUUUUGUUUUGAGCCUAGUCAGUGGGUGAAAUCCACCAGUGAGUUUAUUCUAGUGGUGCUUGCACAGGUAAACGUAUUAGACUCAGCCCAGUAGAUUUUCUAAGCUGUGUCGCUGGCUCUUCAUUUUUGACAUUUGCUGUUACUUUCUCUCUUCUCGGCAUGUGUCACUUUGAAGUCUAAACACCAAAACAUUCAUUUCAACAGGCAGACGUUCACCAUGCUACAUUUUACUGCUUUAAUAAAGACAAAUGCAAGAAUUCCAGAGACACUGCAAAAAAAGAGUUCUGUUUGAUAACUAUAUUUUCUGUAGGACUGUGUUUUUCUGUUAAACCAGGCAGGUUGUCUUUUCUUUAAAAAAUGUUUUCAGGAGAUAAAAGCGUGGUGGCUAUAAAUGUUAUGUGGGUUUAAAAAAUUACCUACGAUUAAUGAGAGUUGUGAGCUUUCUGAAACAGCAUACAACUUACAACACAAGUAAGCUUGUGUGCGGUAUUUCCCUUGUACCUAGAACUUGGUGAAUCAGCAAAUUCUAUUGAAGGUUUGAGACCAAAUCUCUCUGGCAUUCAGAACAAAGGAGGACAGCAAGGCAGAAAAUAUCUU